AUCCCCAACACACCUUGCCUACCUACCCUUUGCCAUUCCCGAACAACAUGGACGGGGUUUUACCUUCGGACGUUUCAGCCUCUUUGGAGCAUCUGAUUCAAGGUCUUGUUUCAUCAAAUAAUGAAAUCCGUAACGAGGCGGAAAAGGCUCUUAAUUCACAAUGGUUGGCUCAACAGCCAGAUUUUCUGCUAGUUGGACUCGCCGACCAGGCUUCUCGUAACGCGGAUCCUUCGGUCCGUGCUUUUUGUCUCGUCUUGUUGCGUAGACUUGCAUUCCGUACUGUCCCUGGCAGCGAGGUUGAAGUGUUCUCUGCACUUCGUGAUGAUUCAAAGCAGCAGAUCAAGGUUUUGCUGUUGCAGAUUCUCGGUGCUGAGUCUGUGCCCACCGUUCGUAACAAGGCGUGUGACACCACUGCAGAGAUUGCACGUUCCAUUACCGAGUGCAACGGCCAAUGGCCUGAAUUGCUGACUGUGUUGUUCGAGUCUGCAAAGUCGACCGAACAGUCCGUGCGUGAGUCUGUUUUCCGUGUCCUCCUUACUCUUCCCACACUUCUUGCCGGUCAGGAUGCCGUUCUCGUAGAGCUCUUGGCCGCUGGUAUGAGUGACGCUAGCAUUCCUGUUCGUGUUGCUGCUGUUCGUGCUUAUGCCGCUACAUUUUUGGAAAGCAAGCAGAUCACUCGUGACCAACUGAAUGGUCUCUUGCCUGGAGUCUUGAACGUUUUGCCUCCUUUGCAACAGGCUCGUGAUUCUUACAGUCUGGCCGAGUGCUUGAACUCACUUACGGAAAUUGUGGAAGUAUUCCCCAAGAUUUUCAAGCAAAUCUUUGAUGACCUCCUUACGUUCUCUCUCGGUAUUAUUGCUGACAAGGAAUUGGAGGACUCUGCCCGCCAAGCUGCUUUGGAGUUGCUUGUUUGUUUCUCUGAGUCUUCUGCUUCUAUGUGUCGUUCCAACCCCAAGUAUGCUCAAGAACUCGUUACUCAAUGUCUUAUGCUUGCUACUGAUGUUGGAGGUGAGGACGAAAACGAUCCCGAUGAACUCCAAGAGUGGCUCGACACAGAGGAUUUGGACUCUGAUGAGAACGAUGCAAACCACAUUGUUGCCGAGCAAGCUUUGGACCGUCUGUCCCGUAAGUUGGGUGGAAAGACAAUUCUUCCUCAAGCCUUUUCUUGGUUGCCUGGUUUGAUUGGUUCGCAAAAGUGGUCUGAACGCCAUGCUGCUUUGAUGGCUAUCUCUUCCAUUGCCGAGGGUGCUGAGAAGUUGAUGAAGCGCGAGUUGGGCAAGAUUCUUGACAUGGUUUUGCCCUUGCUUCAAGAUCCUCACCCUCGUGUCCGUUGGGCCGCUUGUAAUGCUGUUGGUCAAAUGUCUACGGACUUUGCUCCUGACAUGCAAACGAAGUACUCAACUCGUAUUUUGGAGUCUUUGAUUCCCGUACUCGGUGCUCCUGAGGUUCGUGUGCAAGCUCACGCUGCUGCUGCGAUGGUGAAUUUCUGUGAGGAGGCCGAUAACAAGGUGCUUGAGCCCUAUUUGGAUCAAAUUUUGCAGAGCCUUCUUGCUCUUUUGCAAAGUCCUAAGCGUUAUGUCCAAGAGCAAGCCGUUACCACGAUUGCUACUGUCGCUGACGCUGCUGCUCAGAAGUUUGACAAGUACUACGACGUCAUUAUGCCUUUGUUGAUCAAUGUUUUGCAACAGGGCGAGGGCAAGGAGAACCGUGCUCUUCGCGGUAAGGCCAUGGAGUGUGCUACUCUGAUUGCUUUGGCCGUUGGUAAGGAACGUUUCUUGCCUCUGUCUGGCAGUCUUAUGCAGGCAUUGGCUGCUAUUCAACAAGGUAUCACCGAAAGUGAUGACCCUCAAGCUGGCUACUUGAUUGCCGCCUGGGGUCGUAUUUGCCGUGUGCUUGGAAACGACUUCCUCCCCUUCGUUGACUCUGUCAUGCCUCCUCUUUUGGCUAUGGCCAAGUCCAAGCCUGACUUCGUCAUCCUCGAAGACGAAGAAGACCAAAACAAGUACGCCGAGGAUGAAGGCUGGGAGUUCAUUCCUGUCCAAGGUCAGCAGGUCGGUAUUCGUACUUCUAUUUUGGAAGACAAGUACACUGCUUGUGAGAUGCUCAUCUGCUACGCUGCUGAGUUAAAGGGUGCUUUCGAUCCUUAUGUUAACGAAGUGUUGAUGACUGUCGUCUUGCCUGGCCUCAAGUUCUACUUCCACGAUGGUGUUCGCACCGCUAGCUGCAAGUGUAUUCCUCACUUGCUCAAGGCUCGUAUCUGUGCUAGCAACGGUGAUCAAGCUCGCAUUACCGAGGUCUGGCAACCUGUUCUCGAGAAGCUUCUCAGUCUUAUUUCCGAUGAACCUAGUGUUGAGAUGCUUGGCGAGUACUUCCAAUGCCUGUACGAGAGUUUGGAAGUUGUUAACAUGCCUCUCGCCCCUGCCUACAGCGAGCGUAUCAUUGCUGUUGUUGAGCAACAACUGAAGGACUUUGUUGAGCGUGUUCAACAACGUGAAGAAGACAAGCGCAAUGGUGAGGCUGAUGUUGAAGAGGAUGAAGAUGUCUUGUUGGCUAUUGACAACGAUCAAAACUUGCUGAACGAGAUUAAUAGAACCUUCAACAUUAUCCUUAAAAUCCAGAAGACCGAUUUCUUGCCCUACUGGGAACGUCUUUUGCCAUACAUUGAUGCUUUCAUCUCCGGUACGGAGGUUAUUGCUAAGCAAUGGGCUUUGUGUAUGGUUGACGAUCUUAUUGAGUUUGUUGGACCUGAGUCUUGGAAGUACAAGGAUCAUUUCUUGACUGCUAUUGCUGAGGGCAUCCAAAGCCCUGAGCCUGAAGUUCGUCAAGCUGCUGCAUACGGCAUUGGUGUUUGCGCGCAACAUGGAGGUGAGGUGUAUGCUGAUAUUGUUGCUAACGCCAUGCCUACUCUCUUCGCUGUGAUUCAACAACCUGACGCACGCGAAGACGAGCAAAUCUAUGCUACGGAGAAUAUCUGUGUUGCCAUUUGCAAAAUUUUACGAUUCAAUCCUGGCCGUGUUCAGGAUCUUGACAAGACUAUCGCAUUCUGGGUAUGUACUUUGCCCGUCACUCACGAUGAAGAAGAUGCACCUUAUGCUUAUAUGUUUUUGUCUGAGCUUAUGGACCAAAACCAUGCCGCUGUCGUUUCCCAAGUUCCUGUGGUGAUCAAUGUCAUUGCCGAGACCCUGGGCGCUGCUGUUCUUCAAGGUCGCACAUUGGAUCACUUUUUGGAUUCGUCGCGGAAGUUCCUUGGUCGCAUUGACAGAGAGCAGGUCAACGCGUUCAUUUCAUCUCUCUCUUCGGAAAACCAGAGUGUUUUGGCUACAUAUAUGUAAUUUGGCAUUUGAAAAUUAUCGCGAUAAGUUAGGAGGGUUUGUAUCAUGCAUGCAUAUUUAAGUACGGGGAUAGAGAGUAAUAUCCAAUUUUAUAUAGAGAAGUAGAAUAUGAUUACUGUUGAAGUGCUUGCGUCUUGGAUUA